AUGGAAACAGUAGAGAGGGAGGGGCGUUUGACAGCGACGUUACGGCGGUGUGAUGACGUGUCAGCGGAGGUCUUUUGGCGGCUCCGGUACGCGAAGAUUCUUCUAGGACAGUCGUGGAAGAGCACACGUGCGACGGCAUCUCAUCCCCGGUACUAUGGAGCUCUUGCAAAAGAGAGGAUCACAAAUAGUGAACUCCUUCAGUCAUCGCUCUUCUCUAGGUUCCCAUUUGAGCUCAAAUGCUAUGAGGUGGGUUAUGCUAUUGAAUUUUUACUUAAACGCAGAAAGAAUAAGAUAGUGAUACUGCUUUGUUUGUCUUUAAGCAGGGUAACUGUGCCAUGCAUCCAAACAUCCAACACUAGUAUUAGGUUGUUUUCCUCUGAGAAGGGUGGGUCUGUGGAUGCUGUUGUUCCAUACAUGGGAGAAUCUAUUUCUGAUGGCACUUUAGCCACUUUCUUAAAGAAACCUGGAGACCGUGUGGAAGCUGAUGAGCCCAUUGCUCAGAUAGAAACUGAUAAGGUCACUAUCGAUGUUGCUAGUCCUGUUUCUGGAACUAUUGACAAGAUCCUUGCAAAAGAAGGUGAUACAGUGGAGCCUGGUUUCAAGAUAGCAGUGAUUUCUCAAUCUAGUGGAGCUACAACUCAGGCUAAAGAAUCAGAGAAGAAGCCUGAGGAGAUUAAACCAGAGAAAAAAGAAGAGAAGCCAAAACCUGUAGCAGAAGGUCCUCCUCCUUCACCUCCAAAAGACAAGUCUAGAGCUCCUCCUCCUCCUCCACCUGUUUCAGGACCGUCACCAAGAGAGCCCCAACUUCCUCCAAAGGACCGGGAAAGAAGGAUUCCUAUGACAAGACUCAGGAAACGUGUUGCUACACGACUCAAGGACUCUCAGAACACCUUUGCGCUACUUACUACCUUCAAUGAAGUAGACAUGACCAAUCUGAUGAAAUUACGGUCAGAGUACAAAGACGCUUUUCUUGACAAGCAUGGUGUCAAACUAGGAUUAAUGUCUGGUUUUAUAAAGGGUGCCAUCAGCGCACUACAAAAUCAACCAGUAGUGAACGCUGUUAUCGAUGGAGAAGACAUUAUCUACAGAGACUACGUCGACAUCAGCAUUGCUGUUGGUACACCAAAGGGACUCGUUGUUCCAGUGCUUCGAAACGUAGAGCAGAUGAACUUUGCAGAGAUUGAGAAAGAGAUCAACAAACUUGCUAAGAAAGCAACAGCUGGAACAAUCUCCAUCGAUGAAAUGGCUGGAGGCACAUUCACUAUCUCUAAUGGUGGCGUCUAUGGAAGCCUUUUGAGUACUCCAAUCAUAAACCCUCCUCAGUCAGCUAUUCUCGGGAUGCACUCGAUAGUGAAUCGCCCGAUGGUUGUGGAAGGAGAAGUGGCAUCAAGGCCAAUGAUGUUCAUCGCGCUGACUUAUGACCACCGUCUGAUAGAUGGAAGAGAGGCCGUUCUUUUCCUUCGUCGCAUCAAAGACGUCGUUGAGGAUCCGCGUAGGCUUCUUCUCGACAUCUAG